AUGAUCACACCAUAUUCAUAUGAUCCAGCUGCAUGUUGUAAUGAAGCAUUCAAACUUGUCACAACGUCACAACCCUAUCUUAAUAACUACAUGAUGUAUACUGGUAACGAGGGUGUAUAUACCUACACGUUUGAACACCAAAAAAAACCAAAUUGUCCAGUUUGUGGUAAUCAAAGUGUUACUAUAGAAGUUAAUAGAGAUUAUUUGGUUGAAGAUUUUAUUGGAUAUUUACAAGAAGAUCCUGAAAUUCAACUGAGGAAACCAAGUUUAUCAAUGACAAACGGAUUUAAGAAAAUUUAUUGGCAAGCUCCACCAAAUUUCGAAAUUCAAACUCGAGAAAAUCUACAGAAAAAAUUAACAGAAUUUAUAAAUGAAGGAGACGAAAUAACAGUCACCGAUGUGACCUUACCAUUUUCAUUACAAGUUAUUGUCAAAUAUGUGUAA